AUGCACAUCCUGGAGAUCGGUGCUGACCAAGAUGGAGAUGAAAGUGGUAGCGCACGCGCUGCUGAAGCAGCAUUUCGCACAGUGCCCCGAGACCACACUACGUUCCUUGUUUGGAGAAUCACGGAAUCGAACACUGAAUUGUUGCCACGCAACCACUACGGCACAUUCUACGACGCUGAGGCUUACUUGGUAUACUCCUGUUCCCUACCUGGACAGCCAGCUGGCCCUGAUGUCAUACGCAGAGAAAUAAAGGAGAACGGCAAUGGGGAGCUACUAGAGCGUCACAUACACUCCUGGGGUGGCGAGCGAAGCGGAGCCCUGGCAGGACUUGCUCUACGUCGCGGCAUUCAGCUCGCCGCCUACCUCGCCGCCCCUACUGUUAUACACCGAGAGGCUGUUACCAAAGAAACCCCCAGACUCUUAUCUUACUUUAGAGACGGGAUAAGAAUCCUCCGAAGCGGCUCGGCUAACCUGAACGGCACUGCCCGUCUGUAUCGAGUGCGCGGUCGCCGACCAGUUCUGGUGCAAUUAGAGCCGGUCUCGUGGUCACAGCUGGCUACCGAUGGUGUCUUCGUCCUCGACACCUCGUCGCUACUAGUUCUGUGGCUCGGUCGGACCGCCAAUCUCGUCGAAAAGAUAUUUGGAGCCAAGAUUGCAUACCGGAUGGCUCGUGGAGCGGACAAGGGCAUGAUGGCGCGACGGAUAGCUAUUGCUCAUGAUGGGUACGAGCAAACAUUGCCUGCGUCCGACCGCGCCCUGCUGGAUGCACUGCUGGAGCUGCGGGCGCGAGCACUGCGCCCCGCGGCCCCGCCCGCCGACCCGCCGCGACCCGCGCGCCUCUACCGCGCCACACAGCCACCCCGCGUUGCACCUAUCACCGUGCCUUCUCAACGACCUGCUGCAAGGCUAGAAGAAAUCAAACGCGCACCCCUGUUCAGAGAGGACCUGGCUGAUGAUGGAGUGUAUAUAGUGGAUAGCGGCAGUCGUGGUGUGUGGGCGUGGGUGGGCCCUACUGCGACGGGUGCAGCGGCUCGUGGUGCUUUGGCAGCGGCGCGGGGACUGGCUCGAGCGCGGCGCAUGACGGUGCCAGUGUCGGCAGCCCCCGCCGGCCGGGAGCCCCUGGAGUUCGCAGCAUUGUUCCACAACUGGCGCUGGUGUGAUGCAAGGCGCGACGGAAGACUCCGUGCAGCUCGAUCUGCUACCACCAGACUCGAUGCCGUCAGUCUCGCUACAAAUGCCUGGCUCGCUGCUGAGGCUCAGCUGCCGGACGACGGGUCGGGCGCGCUGCGCGUGUGGCGCGUGCGGCGGCGGUCGGGCGACGCGGAGGACGUGAACAAGGAGGCGCUGGCCGAGGUGGAGCGCGCGCAGGCCGCCGUGUUCUACGACAGAGACUGCUACAUCGUGCUCUACACAUACCACGCGCCCACCGGCGACCAGACCGUGCUCUACUACUGGAUGGGUGGCUCUUCGCCCAAUGAUCUGAGGAAUUUGGGCGCGAAAGAAGCCAAAGACCUCUACACCAAAUUAGGGCGGUCUCCAGUACAGGCAUGGGUGUAUCAAGGAAAGGAACCCGCACACUUCCUUCAGAUCUUCAAAGGUCGAAUGAUCACAUAUGUCGGAAGUGCUACGGAUUAUGAUCCCACAGGACGUCGUGUGUUGGCUCCGUCUCGUGUGCUCAUCCGCGUGUCGGGACAGUACGCACGCGAGGCGCGGGGCGUGGAGGUGCGCGACGGGGGCGCGGGGGGCGGGGACGCAGGCAGCGGGGGCGCGUGCUACGUGCUACGUGACGGGGCGCGCGCGUGGGUGUGGUGCGCCGCCAGCGCCACGGGAGACGAGCGAGAGGUCGCCAAGAACAUGGCCGCCACUGAACACACGCUUGUCAUGCAAGGCAAAGAGAAGCCCGACUUCUGGACAGCUCUGGGCAAUCGUCGUCAUCUACUGGUGCCGUCUCCAUUGAAGGAAGUACAACGUCCCUUGCCACCGCGUCUAUUCUACGUAUCUCUGGGAGUACCAGCCCAAUAUUCAUUCGAGGAGAUAGUGUCGUUCAGUCAGUACGACCUGGCGCCCGAGAUGGUGGGCGUGGUGGACGCUCACGACGCAGUGUUCGUGUGGCUCGGUCAGCAUUGUUGCCCGCGCGCUAAGGAAGAUCCUCGGUCCAUUGCACUCGCCUAUCUCGCACAAGAUCCAGCUGCACGAGACGCAUGCACACCAAUACUGGCGCUAAGUCAGGGACGUGAGCCACCACAUUUCACCGGUUUCUUCCCACUUUGGAAGCAGUCCAUGUGGAAGGGUCAUAAAACGUUCAGUGCGAUCAUCAGUGCUUUAGAAGGCAAAGCUAUUAUCCAAAGUGGCAACAGCGCAAUACAAAGCGGCAACAGUGCUAACCGCUUCGAUCAGUACGAGAAAUAUCCGCUGGCAGUCCUGAAGGGGCCUAAGGAUCACUUGCCACCAGACGUUGAUCCUCUCACCAAAGAGCUCUACUUGACUCACGACGACUUCGUGUCUACGUUCAGCAUGCCCUACAAUGAGUUCCGGUCACUACCAGGUUGGAAGCAAAAGGACCUCAAGAAGUCGGUUGGAUUAUUUUGA